AUGGCUACGAGUGAGUCUGCCACCAUGUCGCGGUUGCAAAUAGGAGGGAACACUACCGACGGUGGGGAGAAAAUGGUAGAGAAGAAGAGAGAGGCAAAGAAUUAUAGAGGAUUCGUGGCGGGUGUGUUUUCGGGAGUUUCGAAACUUACUGUUGGGCAUCCAUUCGAUACCAUUAAAGUCCGUCUUCAAACCUCCACAUCAUCCCAAUUCAACGGGCCACUCCAAUGUCUUCUCCUCACCAUUCGCAAUGAAGGCUUCAGCGGUCUCUACAAGGGUGCCACUCCCCCUCUAGUAGGCUGGAUGUUCAUGGAUAGUAUAAUGCUCGGUUCCCUAACCUUCUACCGCAAACUUCUCCAUCAAACCCUCUUCUCCCCAUCUCGCAUGGCCGCCACCCCAUCUAGUCUUGCGCGUCCCGGUGAUGCCCUCACACCCUCUCAAAUCCACAAAUUGCCCUCUAUAGGCCAUGCCCUCGCUGGUGUCAUGGCAGGCGCAACCGUAAGCUUUAUUGCGGCCCCCGUCGAACAUCUCAAAGCACGUCUACAAAUCCAAUACUCGAGUAAGAAAUCCGAACGUCUAUAUAGCGGUCCUAUCGACUGCGCACGUAAAAUUUACCGAUAUCAUGGUAUACCAGGUCUCUACCAUGGUCUCUCCGCUACUCUUUUCUUCCGUUCCUUUUUCUUCUUCUGGUGGGGUUCGUACGAUGUUUUCACUCGUCUGUUGUCAGAAAAAACACAAUUGAGUACCCCUGCCAUUAAUUUCUGGGCUGGCGGUCUCUCGGCACAGGUUUUCUGGAUGACGAGUUACCCGAGUGAUGUGGUUAAACAACGGAUUAUGACAGAUCCACUAGCUGGUGGAUUGGGAGAUGGGGUGCGCAGAUUUCCAAAUUGGAAGAGUGCGGCGAGGGAGGUGUAUAGGGAGAGUGGAUGGAAAGGGUAUUGGAGAGGCUUCCUACCCUGUUUCUUGAGAGCUUUCCCGGCGAACGCGGUUGCGCUAGUGGCGUUUGAGGGCGUUAUGAGGGCGUUGCCUUGA